CGCGUAUGCCUACCUUCCUCAAACAAAGGCUUCCCAGUCUGACCUGCAUUUACCAGAAACCAGAGCAGAAGACCAGUAGACAUGUCAACCACCAUAGCUUCACAACUCUUAGCCUCCAGACCCAUUUUGAUUUUGAUCAAUUAGUUGCUAUAUUUCUAUCCUCUUCUGGUGUUGCUUAGGAGGUCAAUUAGUCGCUGAGCUUUCACUUUCUUCAUUUGAUCGGCUGGUAGUUCCUAUGCUAGACUCUAAUUGAAGCAACCCUCCUCUCUCUCUCUCUCUUAAGCUCUCUCUCUACUCUAAUGGGGUUUGCAUUGUUCUCAUCGAAUUCCCGCUGUCAAUUCCGACCAAGUGGUUUGUUGGUGGUGGACAUUCGCAGUUGAAUUUCGGGUUUCUGAUAUGGGCACUCUCAGAAAAUUAGGGUUCUUGUGGUCUCCGACGACCAAGUUGAGGUUUCUCUGCUGGUUCUGCGCCGCUUUGCUGCUUUCUCCGCCGGUGGCGGGUCUCAGACCCUUAAGGGAAAGGGCUCGCUCCUGGGGCGAUGAGUGGCUAUUUGUAAGAAAAGAUGAAAGUGAGUUGGGACCCUUCUCUUCGUGGAACAUAACAGGAACUUAUAGAGGGACUUGGAAGUUUCCUGAUUCUGCAAAUAGCUCUUCCAGAUUUCCAGAAUUUAGGAAAUCCAGUGGCAAUUCUAUCAUCGAAUUAGUUAGCACACAAACAAAAAUAAUGGGCGUACAUUAUGUGCAGGGUGUAAUUAUCUUCCAUGAUGUGUUUGAGAAUGAACACAAUGUUGGGGGUGUCCAAAUUAGAGUGGAAGGUGUAUUUAUAUGGCCGUUUAAACAGCUUCGAAUGGUAGCUAACAGUGGAAAAGAGGGAGACUCAAGCCAAGAAGAAGAUUAUAUUUUGUCUAACCCGUAUCAUAUGCUUGGAGCUUUCUCUUCCCAGGUUUUCCAAGAAUCUCCACGAGAUAAGCUAUGGAGGAAAAAGCAUUCGCCAAUUUAUGAAAUGGAGAAACAUUGUAAUAUAGAAAUUGCAGGCCAAAUUUCACGUGUAUCAUCCGCCCAUAAUGAUGGAGAUCGCGAUCGUUACCAAAUAGAAGGGUUGAUGGAGAGUCCUGCAGUGGAUGAUGAAGGAGAUUGCUUCUCACCCUUGAUAUUAAAUGCUACUUCUGUCAAUGUGGAGGUGUACUAUAACAAAGCAGUGAACUAUACCUUGAUGGUCACCUUUAUCUCCUUCCUACAAGUUCUUCUCUUAAUUCGGCAAAUGGAACAUAGCAAUACUCAGUCGGGGGCUGCCAAAGUUUCGAUUCUAAUGAUUGGCCAACAGGCUAUCAUGGAUGCUUAUCUUUGCCUUCUACACUUGACAGCAGGAAUACUUGUUGAAUCCUUAUUUAAUGCGUUUGCAACCGCUGCUUUUUUCAAGUUUGUUGUGUUCUCAAUAUUCGAGAUGAGAUACCUUCUUGCUAUAUGGAAAGCAAGUAGGCCUACAAAUAGUGGAGAAGGUUGGGAGACGAUGAGGCGUGAGCUUUCAGUUUUAUAUAGCCGUUUCUAUGGAAUUCUUUUAGGAGGCAUCCUGGUCAUGUACGAGUUCCACAACUUCCUGAGACCUAUUCUUCUCCUUAUGUACUCCUUUUGGAUACCUCAAAUAAUCACCAAUGUUAUCCGUGAUUCGAGAAAACCCUUGCACCCUCAUUACAUCUUAGGCAUGACUGUUACUCGGCUAGCAAUCCCGUUAUACAUAUUUGGUUGCCCUAACAACUUCAUGCGCAUUGAGCCUGACAAGAGUUGGUGUAUUUGUUUGAGUUUAUUUAUUGGACUGCAAGCCUCAAUUCUUCUUCUCCAGCAUUAUCUUGGCUCUCGUUGGUUCAUUCCUCGUCAGAUUCUACCUGAGAAAUAUAGCUACCACAGAAGGUCUGAUCAGGACACAAAUCAUGCCACAGACUGUGUCAUUUGCAUGACUGCAAUUGAUCUCACACAGCGUUCAGAUGAUUGCAUGGUGACACCAUGCGAUCAUUUCUUUCAUUCCGGUUGUUUACAAAGGUGGAUGGAUAUAAAGAUGGAGUGUCCAACUUGUCGGCGUCCACUGCCCCCUGCCUGAACUGUCUAUAUCACGUAUAGGAUCAACUGACAUCACCCAACACACUAAUUUUGGUUGGGUAUUGAAUCCAUUUUCUGCUUGAGUGCACCUUCAGAAGAAGGUUGAGAUACAACAGAAUCAAUUUCUGAACUGUAACGGGCUACAAUAGUUUGCAGCUAUAGCCAAUGAUUCUUUGCAUUGUUGUAUAUUGUAUAAUUAGUUAGCAAUACACAUUCGGUCCAUAAAAAGUUGGUUAAUAGAAACAAGAAAAGAAAGUGGCAUGGGUCUUGAUUAUUAGAUCUUAAUGCCGUUGUGAUUAGACUGAACUGUACGAUUGUGAGAACUGUAUCACAUCAAGCUCAGUGGCCAAUGUAGACGGUGUUAAGUACAUAAAUGGUUAAAAUGAUAAUGAACUGAAGCCCAUGCCAGAACU